AUGAGAGACGCUUCGGCCGCGGAUGUCGUGGACUUCCUAGUUCACGAAGUAUUCUUCAAAUUCGGAGUACCGGAGGUGAUACACUCUGACAACGGACGGCAAUUCAUUUCCAAAUCUUUUGAGACGAUGGUCAAAGCCUUUGGAAUCACCCAUAUGCGCACGCCGGUGUAUUCGCCCCAAAGUAAUGCCGCUGAACGCGUAAACCGGACUGUAAUAUCUGGCAUAAGAGCGUAUUUGGAAAACGACCACCGGGAAUGGGAUGCUUACCUACCGGAAAUCGAAGUAGCGAUACGCAACGCAGUCCAUAGCGCCACUGGAGUGACGCCGUUUUUCGCUGUGUUCGGCCAACACAUGUAUUUGAACGGACACCAAUACAAGUUGGCCAGGAAGCUGAGAUCGCUGUCGGAUCAUGCUAUCACCGACCUAGAAGCCCGGGAUAGACUGGCCAUCAUCCGAAGUCAAGUGAAGGAGCAUCUCCAGAAGGCCUAUGAACGCAGUCGUCAGCGCUAUGAUCAGCGUGCACGGCAACUUCUCCUGACACCAGGACAAGAAGUCUGGAGGCGGAACUUCGUACUCAGCAACUUCGGCAAAGCAUUCAACGCGAAGUUUGCAAAGAAGUUUGUAAAAUGUCGUGUCGUUCGAGGUGUAGGUAGCAACGCCUAUGAAUUAGAGGACCUGCAAGGAAGAUCGUUAGGAGUCUUUCACAGCAAGGAUAUACGAUUAUAG